AUGGUCUCCUUCAAGUUCACAUCCGCGCUCAUCGCGGCAGCCAUGAUGAUGAUGGCCUCCGCCGACUCCGAUGACUUCUGGAGCACCGUAACAACACCCUCGGCCGUUGCGUCGCCGACCACCACCCUGGCUGCCAGUGCCAUGUCGACGAUCGGCUGCUUCGAGACCGGAACACCACUGUCCAACUAUGGUUUCUACGAGUUCCAGAGUCCUGGUAACUGCCAGCUGGUCUGCAUCGAGAACGGCAAGAACGUUCUCGGUCUUGCAAAUGGUGUCGACUGCUGGUGUGGAGACAAGAUCCCAGCAAAGGACUGGCAGGUCGAUAACAGCACUUGUGGCACAACCUGCGGAGGAACAGAUAAGGAAUUAUGCGGUGGAGCUAACAAGCUCUGGGUUAUGCUUACCGGAAACACUCGCAAUCAAGUCCCCUACUACGAGAUCGCUUCGGACUCCUCGUCGUCAGGAAAGAAGUCAUCAACUGCAGCACCCAGCUCAACCGCCGCCUCCUCUGCUACUGCCAGUCCGUCAAACUCUGCUUCCAGCGAUAGCGAUUCCGACAGCAAGCCCAACACAGCCGGCAUUGCCGCCGGAGUGGUAGUCGGUGUCGUUGGAUUGGCCGCGAUCGUCGGAGGAGUAUGGUUCUUCUUGCGACGCAGACGCCAGCGUCAGGCCGAAGAGGACUACCGCCGCAACGCAGCCGGCGUGAACGACUUCAUUAACGGCGGCAAGACCAGCGCCUCUUCCAUGAACGACUCGCGCAUUGACCCCAGCUUCAUGGACCGAAGGCAAAGCAAUGGCAGCAUUGCGGAUAACGAAGACUACUCGAGGAGGAUAUUGAAGGUCACCAAUGUAUGA